UGUUGAGAACGUUGUUGCUCCAGAAACAGGUUGUGUACCGCAGUCUAUGUUCGCGAAAGGCGAAUCUGACAGUUUGUGAAAACAUGGGACCUAUACAAUGUCACUGCUAAGGAACCCGAUUCUUUUCAAGGGUAGAGGUGCUCGGACGGAAUGAAGAAUAAAAAAGUAAAAUCUAACAAAGUGGGCAACAAGAGAAAGAAAGUUCCCAGUGAUAUUUCGCCAUCUACCAGUCUUCCUCCUCUUGUGGAGGGGCAGCUGCGAUGCUUUCUUAGGGUGACGGUCAGCAGGGUCCUGUGGACCGUCCCAAAGCCGCCCGCGGCGCCUCUUGUCAGACUGCGGUGGUGGGGGGAAUCCACAAAUGGAACCCACUUUCGCCCACGGGAUGGGUCUCAUGUGGACCAGAGAGGCGUCAAGACUACAGCCCGGUUUGCAGUCCGCUGUGGGCCGAAACAGUUCACCUCUUACCUGACAGAUAUGGGCAUGUUGGUGCUGGAAGUUCUGACAAAACCAGACCGUUUGCCCAUAGGUCGAGUCCAGAUUGCAGGCAUUGCCCGUCUCUCUCUGUCCCACUCAAUCAGCGGGUUCUUCACUGUGGUGUCCCCAGCCUCUGAAAAGCUAGGGGAAUUACAGGUGUCUCUUGCUCUGGAGCCCCUGACAGAAACAUACGACAGCAACAGCUCAGGUCCCACCUCGGACGGGAGCAUCGGCACAGGGACGGAGGCGCCUGGCCCCACACCCAAGGCCGCGGCUCACAAGGACCUCCUGGUGGUGCCGUCUCUGUCCCGCUGUCCCUCCGGCAACAGUGGGAAAGACUCACUGGGAAGCAGCUCUUCAAACACACCCAGAGGGAAAGAUCACCUGUACUUUCAAGAGAGAAGUAAUGGCCAUGAGGGACCCAGUUCUGCUCCUUUAAGACCACCCUCAAGAUCUCAAUAUGGAGAAGAAAGGCUGAAUGCAGCCAGAGUCCAGUGGUCAGCUGAUCCUACCAGCAGACCAGAGGCCCACAUCUCAGCUGGCAACCAGACCUCCAAGGACAUUCUCUCAGUUCUUUUAGAUCGUGGUAGCAAGCUCAGAAACGCCAUGGUGGUUUCGGCUCUGAAGUCCGACCUGGAUUCCGACCUGGCUCUGAAGGACAUUCCCGUUCCUGUGUCGAAAGACAACAUAGGCACAGCAACUUCACUGCGACCCGUUCCCUCAUCUGGGAAGCUGCUGCAGAACCUCCUGCAGGCUGAGGCCGGUGUCCUGCCCUCUCCGGGGGGCUUGCCUCUGCGUGAAUACAGCAGCCUGGACUGCUUCGCAGACACUGAGAACAGGGCAGUGGAGCUGCUUCUGGGCAGUGUUAAUGGAUCAGCUCUCUGGGAUGGGGAGGGUUCCCCUCCAGAGUUCCUCUCUGGAACCAGCAGUGUGUGUGAGGACAGUGACCUGAACGACCCCCUGUUUGACCAGAGCCUGCUGGAGAACCUGUUCUACAGAGCCUCUAGGUCUGACAGUAGUGACUUCACUGCUGAAGAAGACGAGGGUCUGUCCGUGAAGAAGAAGAAAAGGAAACGGGGUGUCACAAGAGGGAAGAGAGGGGACAAGGAGCUGAGAAGCGCUGGUGGAACGAAGAGUGGAGGCUUGGUCCCAGAGGAUACCAGCCGGAGUCCAGAGGAAAGCAGUAGGGUUCCUGAUCUGACUGUGGACCAGCUCACUCUGCUGGGCCGGGUACAUUUGGCCAGAGUCAUCGUCCAUUCUCUAACGAUCCCCACAGACAGCACCCCUGCCACGCCUCACAAGACCCCCAGCAAGGGGAAACCACCUCGCCCCCCCUCCACCAGGAAAUGCUCAUAUUUUGUGGAGUAUUUCUUCCCUGUGUGUUCCACUAAACACAAUGUCAAACAGGCAGCCAUGGCAACAGAGGUGAUUCGAUUUGCCUCCAGUAAAGUUGCUGGUGGAGUUGUAAAAUUCCAGCAGCGGUCUGUUUUCCCUGUGCGAUUUAGUGGACCAACUGUUGACCACUGGUGGAACACGGACGUCAUGUUCAAGAUCUACUCCAGAGAAAAAUUCCAACAGAAACCUGUUCCCAUUGGCAAAGCCGCCUUCCCCCUGCGUUCUCUGCUGCGGAGCGCAGACCUGUCCCUGUCCACAGUGCUGCCCAUCCUGGGUCUGGAGGAGGACAGAGACAAGCAAGAGCUGGGUACUCUCAAGGUGACAUUUGAGCUUGCAGCAGACAGCAAGGAUUUCUCCCCAGCCAAAGGGAGGGCAGCAGGUGCCACAGCCCUGUCAAACGCUCCCACCAGCCCCCAGAGAAAGACCACGUCUUCAGACAGCAACGCCAGCGCACAGCCCCGGGUUUCAGACUCCUCCACAGAUCUGAAAGGAGGAGCCGGGAGGGAGUUGUUCCUCAUGCCUGGAGUCCAGGGCAUCCACGAAGUGCGGCUCCCGACCCCCUCCCACACCCCUGUACCCCUCGCCUCUCCGAACAGGAACCCUCAGCAGCUGGAGGAAGAGGAGGGGGUGCUGCUGCAUGCCCUGCUCAUGGUGCCCGAUGGGAAGGAUUUUAAAUGCGGGACCAAGCAGGCGCCCAGCGUGUACCUUAACUGCAAGCUCUUCGGGUCUGACGAGACCACGAGAUCAGCGGUCAGCUGGGGCCAAACCGAUCCCACUUUUAACUUCAUUCAGGUGGCUCCGGUGGUGCUGUCCCCCAGGCUGCUGGAGAGGAUGAGGAAUAACGUGAUGGUGAUCGAGGUGUGGCAGAAAGCGGGCGGCUCGGGGCAGGAUGCCCUGCUGGGGCUGGCCAAACUGCCCCUGCACCAGCUCUACAUGUCCUUCAGAGACCCAAAGAUCUCCCAGCUCUUGCUGCAGGUGCAGUACCCUGUGGUGGCAGUUGACUGCUACAUGCCUGUCAUCGACGUGUUUUCAGGCAGCAGCCGGGGCAGCCUCCGGGUCCUUUUAGCCAUGGGCCUCGCAGAGCAGAUAGUGUCUCUGCAGCGAAUGAGGGAUGAAGAGCUGGGCUCAGUGUCUUGCCUUCCAAGACCAGCCCACUCACUGGACCAAAGGCAGCAUGCCGAUGCAAAGGUGAAUGUGAGGCAGGGGGAGGCGAUGACGGAGCACGUGUUUGAGGUGACGGUGGAGAGGGUGAAGGGACUGACCCCACUGCAGUCCACCGUGUGGGGGGAGGCCGACUGCUACGUCCAGUACUCAUUCCCCGCUCAGUCAGGGGUCGCCGAGGAAACCCUGGACCCAAACGCUAUAGAGAGCAGUGUGAGCCUGAGGCAGUUUCGUACGGGCACCACGCUGUGUGUCCCAGACCCGGUAUUCGGGCACAGUGAGAGCCACACCCUGCUGGCCCCUGCCGGGGUGCUGGUCCAGAAACUGCUGCUCAGCUGCUGCUCCAGCCAGGGCCCCGCCACCAGGGGGGGCAUUCAGUUCGAGGUCUGGUGCAGGUAUUACUACCCCAAUGUGAGAGACCAGCAAGUGGCCAAAGGGCUGUUGCCGCUGUCCAAGCUGUGUGCCAUGGUGACAAUGCAGACGCAGGAGCAGAUGGGGGCCCAGGCCUUCUCCCUCCCCCUCAUACCCAGGACAGACAGCCCUGCUGGGCACCAGCCUCAGCCUUCAGGUCUGCUGGAUGUGCGUGUGCAGUACAAGCAACGGCCAGUGAGGACUCAAGCUGUGAAGGGCGGGGCUGUAGCAUCACGAGUCGUAACUCUGGCAGUACAGGUCCAUCGAGCAGCAGGACUCAAGGCGGCAGCACGGGCCGUGACGAGGCAGGACGAAGCGUUCCGUUACUACGCCGACGUGGGCGUGAACUCGUACGUCACUGUGCAGCUGUCCUUCCUGCCGGAGAGAGAGAGGCGGAGCACCCGCGUGGUGGCCCGGUCCUUCUGCCCCGAGUUCGAGCACCACGCCGAGUUCCCCUGCAGCCUGGUGGUGCAGAGUGCCGGCGGGGAGACCUGCAGCCUGGCGGAGCUGCUGGAGGGCGCGGCCGCCACCUUCACCGUGUGCCACCGGGACAGCCGCAGGGGCAGCGAUUGUCCAGCAUCAAAGGACACCGUUCUGGGUAGAGUCAGAAUUCAUCUGGGAGACCUGAUUCAUAAAAGGACAGGAAUCUCCGGCUGGUUCGCACUCUCCCUGCCCCAGGACCCAGCAUCAUCUCAGGCCAACCCCAGCUCACUCGGGGGACUGGAGAUCUCCAUAAACUUCGCACACCAUUCGGACAGAGAGAGGGUCAUCGGUGCGGCCCGAAACCUGGGCUGGGAGGUGUCCCGGGAGGACGUGGAGGAGGAAGAUGAGGAAGAGGAGGAGGCUUAUCCGGACAGCGACAGGACUGUGUCAGUGUCGGUCUCCGUGCCCAGAGUGUGGCUGCCGCUCCACUGCCUGCUGCUGCCAGGUCACAUGACCCUGGAGCGCUCCACCUACUGCUACUUCCGCUACAAGCUGUACGAGGAGGAGGCCUUCUGCUCCCCGCUGCAGCACCCGGCCCCGCAGGGCGGGGCGGGACGGGAGGAGGGCGUGGCCACGGUGGCCUUCAGGGGCAGCAGGGUGGUGCAGCUGAGGGCUACCCUGCCCCUUCUCUGGUACCUGCGGGAGGAGAGGCUGGAGGUGCAGGUGUGGGUGGCCUUCGGAAAGCACAGGAGGCCCCGACCACACGACACCGACCGGCUCGUGGGUUCCGCCUACGUGGAGCUCUCCUCACUGGCCAGGAGGGCGGAACACAAGCUCACCAUCAGCGGAGUGUACCCCCUUUUCCGGCGCUCUGCCUCUGACCUGGAGGGCGCGGCCCUCAGGGUGCACAUCACCCUGACCCUCGCGCGGCACACAGCGCCCCCCGGACAGAGGGCCUUCAGCGGAAACAGCCUUGAUGAGCACAACAGCCAGGGGGCGCUCUCCUCUGGAGAGGGGGAAGAGGAGGAGGAGGAGGAGGAUGAGGAAGGCCCCAGGCCUCCAAUGGCAGCGCCCUCCAGACAGUCUGGCACUCACAGCCACCACCGCACAAAGUCAUCCAUGAGCACCAAUCUGCCGCCUUCCCGCGAGGGCAACGAAGAGGACACGUUUGCCGUGACUGUCACUGUGGAUCGGGCCAUGCAUCUCAGUCUCAAAGGUAGCCCGCUGGCGGAGCGCAGUGGAGGGCUGCCCAGCUGUUGCGUGUCCUACGCCACGGCGGACAGAGACAGCUCCAUCACCACGCCCGUGGUGCCGGACACCGACUGCCCCGUGUGGGACCACCAGUGGGGGGGCAGGCUUUCAAAGCAGAUUCUUCUGGAUCCACAGCAGACGAUGGUUUUCAAAGUUUGGCACAAAGGAGACGUGGAGAGGGUCAUCGGGUUCGCCUCCGUUGACCUCUCCCCCCUUCUCUCGGGGUUUCAGUCCGUGUGCGGCUGGUACAACAUCACAGAUUUCAGCGGGCAGUGCCAGGGACAGCUUAAAGUGGCCGUGUCCCCUUUGAAGGGCGUCCAGAACCUGCGGGUCCAAAGACAGGCGGCGCAGGAAGAGAGCCCCAAAGACUCUUCUGUGUUCCAGACCCUCCCGCUCUGCUACCACACCACCGCCAUGUACAGCAGCUUCCCCACCCACAUCACCCGCUACCCCGAGCAGAGGAUCAACGCCUCGCCCGACCAGCUGGAGGCGCUGCUGUCUGGGAGCAGGUCCAGUCUGAGCGAACGCCGUGAGGAGCACAUUCACAACGUGCGCAUGUUCCACCAGAGCCUGCAGGAGGGGGACAGAGCCCCAAACAGCUCCGCCAUCGGGGAGACCCACCCCUCCAAAUCCAUGCUCUCCUCAGCGCUCAGGAAGAACCUGAGUGAGCUGGAUGAUAUUCAGCGGUACUUCAGCCGCAAGCUGUCCACACCAACGUUUCCCAGCCUCUCGGAGCAGGUGCGGCCGUCCCCGCAGGAGGAGCACGGGGACUCUGAGAUGGACACCACUCAGCUGCUGCUCAAGUCCAACCGCCUGGUGGGGGAGGUCAACAGCCUCAUCAGCAAUAUACACGGACGUCACCUUCGGACUAUGCCUGAGAAUGCCCAGAGCAGCUCCAAUCAGAAAGUCCCAGCUGGUGACAGCUUCCUGUCUGCGGAGGAUCACUUCCUGCCAGCUGAGCAUUCUGAGCCUCCGCGGGACAGGGGGUCUGCUCUCGCCUCCCCUGUCCCACACGUGACAGAUGAACCCAGCGACUUUCUGCUUAAUGUGGAGGAUGACCACGAUGUAGAGGACAGUCCCCAUCUGGAUGAAGAUGAGGGUGAACACAAGGGUCAGUGCAGCGAAGAGGAGGAGGAGGAGGAGGAGGAGGAGGAUUACGAGGAGACGCUGAUCGAGCCCAAAACGCUGAAUGAGGUCACCUCGGUGACGGACAAGACCAGCCCGUGGACCAGCCUUCUGUCUGAACCGGACUUGGGUUCCCUGGAGAGCCUGGAGAGCCCAGAGGAGCAGGCGUCCCUGACUGUGGAGAGGCAGGCUGGCAGAGGGGCGGGUCUGAAGGCAGACGCACGGCAUGCUGGGACCUCUGGUGAGCCCACGGUCACUAUGGCAGAGGAGGACCAACAUGCAGAACAUGAACCCUCUGAUGAGUGUGAUGCAAACGCUGCUGACCCUGUGAGAGAUGCUGAAGCGGAACGACAGGAAAGCACCGAGCCGACAGCUGCGGCUCCCCCCGAUUUCUCAUCAGGCAACAACGAGACAGCUAUCAGGGGUCCUUCCGACAGGCACCAAGAUUCCCAGGAGGAGAGGCAGACAAUAUCACAUGCUGCAGAGCAUUUUUCGGAAGGGAGAGAUGUCUGUCAGUCAGAAACGGCUAGCUCUUGUGCAGAAGACAAGGAGAGCAAACUCCCCGAUUCAGUGGAUGUCCCAAAUUUCUUCCUUCCAACCCACCAUUUGGAGGCCUCCAUGCGAGCCCUGCGUUUAGCCCCUGUUUUCCCAGCAGCACCUCCUGACAGGGGACAGAAAUCCAGUGAGCAGGAAAUUCCAUUUCGGAGAGCUCCACGACAGAGACCCAAAAUACCACCAUCUUCUCUGUCUAAAGAGGAAACUAAGAGAAUCGCAAAGAUUUUUGCAUCUAAUUUUUCAGAGGAAAAAUAG